UGACUGUGAUUGGUCUGCUGCGUUACGCUCAGCUGAUCCAUAAGGAGAGCAACACCGUGUUGAACAUCGAGGGUCUGUUUGCCGGAUGGCUCUGUGCCGCAGGACUCAUGAUUGUUGGAAACUUUCAAGUGGAUCAUGCUAAAAUCCUCCACUAUGUGGGCGCGGGUCUGGCCUUCCCCGCGAGUCUGCUGUUCGUGUGUGUGCAGACGCUGCUGUCGUACCGCGCGGCCGAGACGCGGAGAGACUUCCAGACGGCUCAUCUGAGGCUCACACUCACCUCACUGGCCUUCACCACCCUCAUACUCAGCGGCGUGUUCUUCAUCCAGGAGAGUUUUGUUCUUCAGCAUGCGGCGGCCAUCUCGGAGUGGACGUUUGCCAUCAUCGUUCUGCUGUUCUACAGCUCGUUCUCGCACGAGUUCAGCUCCAUCUCUUCAGAAACACUCGUGGCUCUCAUGACCAGACGCAAACUAGAGAAAGUCUGACGUGUGAACAUGAUUAUAUAGAGAGAGAAGAUGAGGACUAAUGUGCAACCUGGUGGAAAAAUCUUUAUAUUACACCCUUGUUAAUAAAGGUUCUGUACUUGCAUCGAAGCUUUAAUCUUUCCAUUGCACUAAUGGUUCUUUAGAUUAUGAAAAUGUUCUAAGUGUUUAUGGUGAACUCAAGUUCAAGUGCCUAAUAGCAAAGUGUCUUAAU